GAGUUGAGAAAUAGAAGAAAAAAUUAUCAGAAAAAAAAAAAAGAAGACUAGAAGGAAGAGGAUGAAAAUCCAAUGUGAUGUGUGUGAGAAGGCACCGGCAACUUUGAUAUGUUGUGCUGAUGAGGCAGCUCUGUGUGCGAAGUGCGACAUUGAAGUUCAUGAAGCAAACAAGCUUGCAAGCAAACAUCAGAGGCUUCUUCUUCAGUGCCUCUCCAACAAGCUCCCUAAAUGUGAUAUCUGCCAAGAGAAGGCAGCCUUCAUCUUCUGUGUCGAAGAUAGAGCCCUGUUUUGUCGGGACUGUGAUGAGCCUAUCCACUCAGCUAAUAGUCUUUCCGGUAACCACCAGCGAUUAUUGGCCACUGGCAUACAAGUGGCUUUGAGCACUAGUUGUGCCAAAGUAACUGAGAAGAGCUGUUUAGAGCCAUCCAACCAGAACUCAAGGUCACUGUCUGUGAAAAUGCCGACACCGCCAACCACAACUUAUGCUUCUCCAUCAUGGGCUGCUGUUGAUGACAUAUUACAGUUUUCGGAUUUUGAGUCCAGUGACAAGAAAGGAUCUGUUGAGUUUGGAGAGCUUGAAUGGUUUACAGACAUUGGUCCCUUUGGUGAGAAAGUAUCUGAUGAGGCCUUAGCAGCUGCUGAAGUUCCUCAACUUUCCAUUCCACAACCAAGCAAUGCCACCUUAUACAGACCCACCAAAUCCAACCAGCCCCACAAGAAGCCUAGGAUUGAGAUAUCAGAUGAAGAAGAGUACUUCACAGUUCCUGAUCUUGGCUGAAUUAAAAUUUGAACACAAUUUCAUGUAGGUGUUUGUAUGUUAAUAUGAUGCAGUAAAUAUACAUGGAGAGAAGUGUUACACUGAAGUACAGUGUUGAUUCUUUUACUACUACAACCAUGUUUUUCUAUUCUUGGAAUCAAUUAAUGUUUUGAAGUAAAGCUGAAACACACUUUUCCCCUCUGUCUAUAUAUA